GGAUGCGCGCGCCGAGUGCCUCCUGUUUCUAAACAGUCCGCUAGGUAAUGAACAUAAAAACGCCUCACGCUUAUUCACAGCAGCGUGUGACGCUGAUUUAAAAGUAUUUUAACCUAUUUCUGCGCGCUGAGUGAGGUUUGUUAACGUCAGUCCAUCUCACAUCUCGUAGUGCGACUUUAUGUUUGGCUAGGAUAAGAUAAGCUAACGUUAGCGUAACGUCGGCGGGUUUCUGAGGUAAAUCCAGGACUCGCUCAUUAAUUUCCUCUUUACCUGCUCGUGUUGCAGUCUAAGAUACCUGCGACUUGACACCGAGAAGAUGUCAAAAAGGAAGGAAUUACUGGAUUCCGUUCAUCCGGAUAAAAUUCAAACCUUUCUCAACUUUAUUAAGUUACAUAAGGACCGCGCGGAGCCGUUCGACCUGACCGAGCUGGUGCACGAGCUACCGAGGACCCAGAGGGUGGAACUUUGGCGAAGGGCGGCGGCGGUCCUGCGGCGCGCGCUGGAGGCCUCCCCGCCGGAGCGCUGGGUCACGAGGCUCGAAGAUGCCAGCGGGGGCGAGGUGGAGGGGGAGGAGUCGCUCGAGCUGAAACGGACCAUGUCUGUGCUGGACGGAGUCACGCUGCUGUGCACCGCCUGCGUGGAUGUUGUGGAGGACGGAGACACCUGCUCUGACCUGCUGGACUGCGCGCACAUGCUGGACAGUAUAGAGAGUGCCUUGCCGCUGUCUGAGAUGCCCCUCCAGCGGGCUAUUCAUUGGCUGUUUGAAUGCUGGUGGAGGCGGGGUUUACCUGGGAAGGCGGAGCUUGGCUGGACUGCCUUUGUUGUUUGUUUGGAGAAUACAGUUAUACUCAAGAAACCGAUCAGUGAGCUGACCAGGCUCUGUGGCCUGCGUGAGGUGCUGCUCACAGUGGACUUUACAUCUGAGAGGGGUCAGUCUGUGACCGACCCUCUACUGCAAUGCUUCCUCAGUGCCAGUCUCAUCAAACGGGAGGAGGGAAAGCGUUUUCUUGCGUUCCUCUUUGGCUGGGACGUGAUGUUUAUUAGGAUGAUCCAUGAGACCAUUAAAAACCAGCUACAGUUUUUCUCCAGGGCCGUGGCCGCAGACAUAGCAGAGGUUUACUUCCGUGCGUGGAGGAAGGCCAGCAGCCCCUUCCUGGAGGAGUUGGAGAUGUCCUGCAUUCAGGACUUAAUGCAGCACACUCUGUUGCUACCCCGCACCUCACCCGUCCACCCCAAAGUCCGGCAGGUCCUGACGUACUUCCACCAGCAGAAGUACCGUCAGGGCAUGGACGAGAUGCUGCACCGCCUCUAUAAGCCCAUCCUGUGGAAGGCCCUGAAGGCGGUGAAUCCGGAGGUGCGAGCGAACGCCACUCUCCUCUUUACAGAGGCGUUUCCCGUUCACGACCCGGCCCUGGGCAGCGAGAGGGUGGACGAACUCGUCCAGAAACAGCUCGACAUGUUGUUUGCCCUGCUGGAGGAUGCACGACCGAUGGUGCGUUCCACGGCAGUGCUGGGAGCGUGUUCAGUGUUGGGCCGCUGCUGGGAGCUUCUACCCUCCACCAUCAUCACCGACCUGCUAAAGAAGCUCCUCCUCCAGCUCGCCAAUGACACCAGCUCCCCUGACUGUCGCUGCUCUGUCUUCAUGUGCAUAUGUGUGAUUCUGGAUAAUCGUCUCAGCCAUCCUCUGCUGGAGAAGCUCCUCCCUGCUCUGAAGUCCAGCCUCCACGACACCUCAGAGAAGGUUCGCGUCGCAUUUGUGGACAUGCUGCUCAAGAUCAAAGCAGUCCGUGCAGCCAAGUUUUGGAAGGUGUGCUCCAUGGAGCACCUGUUGGAGCGGUUGGAGCGUGACUCCCCAGCCGUGUCCAAACGCAUCGUUAACUUGCUCUUCAACUCUUUCCUGCCGGUGAGUCAGUCGGAGGAGAUCUGGUGUGAGCGCUGUGUCACCAUGGUGCAGAUGAACCCAGGAGCCGCACGCAAGUUCUACCGCUAUGCCUGCCUGUACACCGCCCCCACCAACAUAGUGAAACUGAUGCUGAUGAUUCGAAAGUGUCUGAACUCGUGUAUUCAAAAGGGUGUAAAAAUCACAGAUGACUCUGUGUCCAGCAAUAAAGAAAACUCUUCAGUUUUGGAGGAGGUGCUCUCUGUGAAGGACACUGCUGUCAUGGCCAGUCUGCUGGAGAUCGUGGUGAUUCUCUGGAACAGUGUGCAGAAAUCUCUGGAGCUCCACCAGGACGCUCUAAGCUACAUCACGGCCAAGUUCGCCAGUGUCCUGCCAGAGUACCUACGAGUAUUCCAGGAAGAGCGUUGUACAGCUCCACUCAUCCGCUUGGCGUCUUUACUGCCUGCUGCUGCUGUACCAGCACUAAGGAGUAAAGUGAUGGCACAGUUGCGGAAGCUGGACUCUGGCUGUCCUGUGCCGCUAUACAGCCAGCCGCUGGAGUGUGUGUGCGCUUGGGGUCAGCUGGGUGGCGUGCUGGAGCUGGUGGUUGAGUGGCUCACUGAGGCGAACCCUACACUGAGUGAGAGGAGGGAGUCAGAGAGUCGGCGGGUCAAAUUUGAUGACCCAGCACAGGCCAGGCCAGGCCUGGGGCUGGAUUAUGUGGCCUUGCUGCUGCAGAGGCCUCGUACUCGGGACUGUCUGCUGGCUCUGCCCCUGGACCAGCUCACGCCACUACUGCAGGCUCUCAGUACAUGGAAGGAGGUGCUGUAUUCCUCUCUCAGUGAGGGAGGUGUCAGUGCAGCGCUGACUGAGACGACGGCUCUCACAGCGUUCAUCUUGCACACUCGCCUCAGCAUCCAUCUCCAACAUCGGUACCCGGAGGGGCGGGACUUCCUGGGCUCACUGGAGCACUCCAUGGACUGGGUGGAGAAGAGGGUCCUGCCCUUCCUGGUCGCCCCUGGAGAAUACGUCUCUGAGCAACAGACGACUCUGGCCAGGCACAUCGUGGAGAGUUGCAUGACUGUGUGUAGGGACGCUGUGCGAGUGGCGGUGGGAGAUGCUGAUUUCAAUGACCAUGUGCUGCAGCUGGGCUCCUAUGUGUUACUGUCAGAGAAAGGGUAUGCAUGUAUCCCACUGCUGUUGUCUCUGCUAGCUGAGGUGGCGCAGGACUCCAUUUCCCAUAAUGCUGAGGUACAGGAGGAGCAGCUCUCUGUCACCCUCCGAAUUAUAACCAAUAUGUUCCAGAAAGUUCUGGAGGUCAUGGCUCAUCGCCUACGGAAGGACAAAGAAGAGGGUGAGGAGCUGUGCGGCUCAUCUGAAGACGCCCUGCAUGACUUCCUGCUUGUAACUCAGUUAGCAUCUGAGGAGGCUGAGGUUAUGACCGGGAUCUUCUCCUCUCUGUGUGCCGCUGUCCUCAUCGACGUUAGCCGGGUACUGCAGAAGCUGUCUCAUCCUGAAGAGGUGAUGACCCCAGAGUCAGUCUCUGACCUGCCGCCCCUCUCAGCCACUAUAAUUGGAGCCAUCCUCAAGUCUCCUGCAGUAACCAGGUGCUUCUGGUCUGAGCUGAGUUUGUCUGUGAACUCUGAGGCCAUCGAGAGCCUCACAGGUCUGACUGCCGUUGCUCACAUCCUGGCCAUUGGAAGAAAAGACAGCAUCCAGCAAAACCUGAAGGGAAUCGCCAUGUCCGUGCACACACAGAUCCUCAGGCACUCCACAACACUGGGGGAGCUCACAGACAUGCAGAGAGUCCUCUAUGAGAGUGCGAUCAGGACCCUGAAUGAGGUUCUGCUGCAGUGAGACUACAGCUGGUUCUGGUAGACCACGCAUGGCCCAGGGAUCAGAGUUCUGCUGUCCUAACACGUGUUGUGUUAACUAGACUGUCUCCCAACUGUGUCUCUCACAUGAGACCUAUGGGUCAUGUAUACUCGCUGCAUCUCCGUUGUGCAGUGUCCCUGAAGUCUUUUUGUCUGGUCAGUAUAAAGAUGUACUUCGUUUGUGACCGUUCUGGUAGUAACUUGAACUUGUGUGUGGAGAACUGCAAGGGAAGAUAUUGUGAAGCACUCACUUCCAGAUCCAGAUGUCCUGGUCAGACUCCUUCGUUUAGUAGUCAGACAGACCUUAGGACACAUGGGGCAAAAUAACCAUUGUGAUAAAGAUUGUAAGACUUUGAGGAGUUCAGAGUCUUUCAUAAAGUUUGCUUUUUCAUUUAAAAUUAAAAGCCAUUUAAAAUGACAUUUUUUAAUAUUGGAAAUAAUGUUGGUUUUUCUCUUUUCUAUAUUUUGAAUUCAUUAACAAACAAUAAAAUAAAAGCUCAUUGUGUUGGCAGUUUAAGAAGCAUUUUGAGGUCCACAGCAUCUAUAACCCAGAGGGAUUGUUGUUUUAAAUAGGAGUUAAACCGGCUUCUUCUGUCCACUAUGCAGAGUAGCUCCAGGUUGGGCCCUGGGGUUAGGUCUGUCCUAACCUCACUGAUGUGGACUGGGGAGGGUGGGUUGCCUUUUUGACCUCUUCACCAGAG